UUCGGCGGCAUCUGAAACUAAAAAGUAUCUUAAGUAAGAACAUUUAAUACAAGGAACAAGGAAAUUAAAUAUAAAAAAGUGUACCUAAUUUUAAAAGGUUCCUCAAUUAUAGUACAACUAUGGUCGUAUUUUACACAAACAAUUCAAAAACAAAACAACAUUUAUACUUAUCAAAUUUAAGAAAAUACACAUCGAGUUGUAAUUGCUGUCAACAUGACAACAUGUUCCUACUAAAUAUUUUAUGUGAUUAUUAUACUAAAAAUUCUUUAUAGUUUCUUUAACCAACCAUAUCAUUAUAAUAGUCCUUAUACAAAAAUUACUACUGUAUUCGUAUUUGAUCAUUAAUUUUCGUCUAAUGCUCAUGCAAGUGACAUUUCCAAUAAUUGUCACAUCAUUAUUUUACAUAACUUUGAUUUCAGAAUAUUUUCAGACUGUCGGUGAUAUUUUAGGAGAAAAGACAGCAUUGCGUUACUUUUUUUGUCAUGAAGAGUCAGAUUUUACUAAUAUAUUGUGUAGUGGCAUGCUAUGGAGAUUUGGAGCUAUUACUUAAUGCAAAUGAUAAUAUUUCGAAUAAACCAGAUGACUGCGUGAAUGAUUUAAUCAGCAACGAUUGUGGAUCUCAAGUAAGCAUUGUCCUAUCACCUAGCAACAUUAAAUACAUUCCAAUUACCAGUAAUUGUGUUACGUAUGUUGUAAGAUCUUUCGACCACAACGAAUGGUUCCUAACAACAAAUAUUUAUAUCAUUUAUCUAAAAAGUCUGGACUUGUCUGAUUGGAAGUUAAAAUAUGAUGAAAUGUGGAAUCCACGAGCGAAGUUCAUCAUUGUCAUAUCACAUAAAGUCACAGAAUUGAUUUUAAAAAAGGUUUUUGAUAAAUUGCUACAAUUAAAUUUAUUUAACGUAUUUGUAAUACUUAAUGAAAAUCAUACGCAAGUAAUAUUUACAUAUUAUCCACUGAAAAAGGGUAAUUGUGGGAAUAAGUACGAUAAAAUAGUCAAACUAACAUCUUGCAAUGAUUUAGAAAACACUGUACCGACAAAUUUCGAAGACUGUACAGUAAAUGUGUUAAUUAAAGAUCAUAGAUCAUCUUCAGAUGAGUAUUUAACGUCAUUCGAUCAAUACGUUUUAAAUAUAAUGGCAAAGAAAAUUAAGAUCAAGUUGAAAUACCGUUUUCUUAAUACACAAAUUGGGGGAACGCUUCUUCCGAAUUAUACAAUGACAGGAACGAUGAAAUAUUUACAGAAUAAAGAGGGUGAUAUGGUAAUCGGUGGAUAUUUACUGAAUGCCAAACGUACUAUAAUUUGCGACGCUAUUUAUGUUCAAAAUUACAUUAUGGUCAAGUCAUUAUUACCGUGUAAAAAUCAACAUUUAUGGAAAAUAGCAUUAACUGCAUUUAAAUCUGAUUCUUGGUUAAUUAUAUUAAAUUCGUAUAUUUUUGUAGUUUUAGCCAUAAGUCUAAUAAGUCAUAUUUUUGGUUUAAGAAUUAAUCAGAUUCGAUUGGAACUGUUGGAUUAUUUUUUUGGACACGGCGGUAAUACUUACUUCAGAAUAAAAAGACUAAGAUUCAUUUUGACCAUUUGGGUUUGGUACACCUUUUUAAUUACAAGCUUUUAUAGUAGUUCUUUAUACAGUUUGCUUACUACUAUAUCACACCGGCUUAUGGAUUCCCCAAAUGUAUCAGCUAUAGCGAAUAUGGGACUCAAUCCGUGUAUACCGGAUAAUUUGAGAGAUAAAUAUAUAAUCAAUUAUAAUUUGUCAUUUCCUGGAGAGAUAACUGAUCGUUGCUUCACAAUAGAAAAUGUUUUAGAAACAAUGAUGACGCAGGACGACUACUUCACUCUAAUAACUGAAUAUGAUUAUUAUUUGUAUUAUCAAAACAAAUCUAGAGACAGUGAUAAAAUUUUACAUCCAUGGACAUUUUCUCCCUCUUUGGUUUACGUACAAUAUGCAAGCAAAGGAUUUUAUCUACGAGAUGUAUUUCAAAGAAAAGUGAGCCGCUUUUUUGAGUGUGGGCUGUUACAACACUAUUUCUAUUUACAUUUUGCUAAUAUAACAGGAAGACAAAUAACAGUUCACCUAUCUACAGGCAGACUUUAUACAGUCUUAAAAUUGGCUGAUGUUCGUGUAGCUUUCUGUAUCCUUAUUAUGGGCUAUAUUAUUUCAUUUCUGACAUUUGCAGUUGAAAUUAAUAAAUAUUUUUUUAGAAUCUAGGCUAGUUUUCUGUUAAUUUGUAUAAAAAACGGGUCUAAGGCACUUUAGUGGGUUUUUUUAGAGUUUACGUCACUUACGCUAUUUAGUAAAGAUUUAAUCAUGCCAAAGAUCUAAAAAAAAGGGUGCGUGUAC